GCACCAUCGCCUCUGUCAUUUCUCAAGAAGCAAAUCGCUGGAUAACUGCUAGUUUAGCAAUUGGUUAGAUUUAUCUUCACUCUACAUAUUCUCGACUUAUCUUCAAUAUUCAAGACAACCCACUCGACAACAUGGCGCCUCCGACUAGGGCUCGAGCUGGGAAGCGUGACGGUGGGAAGAAUGCCAAGGAAGAUAUCGAGGGGCUAAGAAGACGGCAGAAGAUAAUGCGGCGAUUGGAGAGACGAGAAAGAUCACGAUACUUACGUUCAAAGGUGGGCCUACCUCCCAUCGAUGAAGAGCCGGAGGGACCGGACGAUGAUGGGGCAGAUGACCAGGCAGAUGAUCAGGCAGAUGAGGUAUGUCAGUUGACACAGGAGAUCGAGAAGGAGACCAGGCUGUAUGGUCAACAAGAAGCUCGGAUGAGACGACGACGGGAGAAUAUCCGCAAGCAGUGGGAAACGCUGCGACAACUUCAACGCGAAUCCAGGCAGCAAGGGCGAUCUAGAGUUGCUCCGCCUUCGUCAAUUACGGACAGCGAGGAGAGUUAUAUUUUCGAACCAACGCCGCCGUUCUCACCAAGUGCAGUCAGUACAGUCAUGGACGACGGGAAUAGAACUUCCACUUUUGCUUUCAAGUCGUCGCCUUUAUCAGAGACGACCCGUUGGAAGAGAACCCGCACUCCAAGUCGCGUGCUGCCGCCUUUGCCUUCGGAGGCAAGUUCGGAGUCUAGGGACCGUAAGCGACGGGCUCGUCGUCGGCAGAGAGAACGGAUGCCGGAAAUUAAAUCGAGGUCGAAGAAGACUAUAACGCGACCCAUGUGCAAGGCGGUCGAAGUGAUUCAAGAUUGCAAGGCGAGUAAGCAGGAGGCUGAGGUGUGCCAGCAGGGUAACGCGUGCCAACAGGUCAUGACGUGCCAACAGGACAUGACGUGCCAGCAGGGCAAGGCGUGCCAGCAGGGCAAGGCGUGCCAACAGGGCAUGGCGUGCCCGUGCCAGCAAAGUAUAGCGUGCCCGUGCCAGCAGGGUAUGGUGUGCCAGCAGGGCAUGGCGUGCCCGUGCCAGCAGGUUAUGGCGUGCCCGUGCCAGCAGGGUAUGGCGUGCCAGCAGGGCAUGGCAUGCCAGCAGGGCAAGGAGUGUGAGGUGGGUAAGGCGUGUGAGGUGGGCAAGGCAUGCAAGGCGCCAUCCGCAGCCCUCUCGGACUUUCAGCGCCGUAUUCCAAUAUGUCUCCAUCGGAUCCCGUUCCUAUCUAAUGACGACCUUAUCGAACUAGUCGGGCGUCUCUCAGGGGGGGACCGUAUCCAGCUAGCGCUGAUGAUGCCACACCUCUUCCUGAACAACAACAGGGUCAACUUGAUGAACCUCGACCCAGUCUUUCUACAACGAUACGGCAACCCAGGCGAGACAGCGCGAGAUGUUCCCCGCCAGCAUGUCAAUGCCUCCCUCCGAAGAAUCGUGGAUGAUAUCGUCGCGUUUGACACCGAGAUUUAUACAGAGGGCCUACGAGCCUCGCUUCCGAUCGUUGUGGAGAGUGUGGCUACCCGCGAUAAUCUAGGUCCCGAAGACGUUGAUUUGAUCCGCCACCUUGCGUUACUGAGCGAGCCUAUUUGCGCCGAACGGAUCACCAGAAUCGCUGGGCAGUCCAUCAUGGGCGGAACAAUUGUGCUCGGAGCAGCCCUCGAAAUGUUGGGCUACCGCACAGCAUACAAUCCAAACGAUGGUCUAAUUACGCCUCAACCCGAUGAGCCGCAGAAUGUGCAUGGCGAGGAUCUGCUCUUGCAACUCGCGGAUCUCCAGCAGCCAAACGCGGAAUGGACGCAAGUCCUGUUCACCGUGUCGCGAAGGAGCCGCUUCCGAAACGUCCCUGGUCGUCUUUUGUACGCCGCCGUCCGCGACAGACAAGGCCGAACUAUCCGAUGGCUGCUCCACUACAACUGCCGACGCUCUCUUCAGGCAUUGUACGCGGCCAUUAUAGACAGAGACGGGGUGCUCCUCCGAUUACUUCUCGAACUCGGCAACCCUCCACCGAUCAUAGAAAACAUCCGGCCAGCCUUACCGUUCGGAUUCCGAGCCGUUGGACAAGAUGGAGGGCCAGAUGGUGCACCAGACCAGUACCCGGUGACUCGACUUCAAGCUCAAAACUUGUUGGACCUGUGGGCGUACGAAAAUAUUCCUCUUCCAGAGGCCGCAGCUAGAAUCGGCGACGACCGAUUCGCUCAGCAUGUGCAAUGGCUCGUUGACCACCCGGUGAAUGAUGAGGAGGAGGAUGAGGAAUAAUUGCAAUGAGGCUCCCAAGGAGAUAAUGAGAUUGCGAAGAGAAUGCAUCGGUAAAGUUGAUGAUACAUCCGGAUGAGUUUUCCCCUUUAUGUCUGUCUGAGUUGCCAUAAACCUUUGUCGCAUUGUUUAAAAACUUGUUUACCUAUGUUUACUGUUUCUACCGAAAAACAUCUGUUUUAAAAGUUAGAUGCACAUAGAAUAUUCAAAUAUAUAUCUGAAUCCAUUUAUUUUCUCCCGGUAUUCGUGACUGUGCCCUGUGCCCUAUGCUCUCAUGAUCAGCCUCUUACGUAUGUGGUGCAUAUGAACGUCAUA